AUGGAUCCUCCUCCCCCUACUCCUCCUCCUUCUCCUCCGCCGCCGCCGCCGCCGCACCCUCCUCACUCUCAGGGCGAGCGUCACGGCGGCGGAGAGACGAUGCCGUACCAGGACGCGGACCACAGGCUCCGGGCGCUGGCCGGCCGCGCGGAGGGCUUCGGCCGCCACGCCAUCGGGGGCCUCCACGGUGCCAUCUACCGCGUCACGUCGCUCCAAGACGACGGCCGCGGGAGCCUGAGGGAGGCGUGCCGCGCGGAGGAGCCGCUGUGGAUCGUCUUCGAGGUGUCCGGCACCAUCCACCUCCGCUCCUACCUCCGCGUGUCCUCGUACAAGACCAUCGACGGCCGCGGGCAGCGCGUGGUGCUCGCAGGCAAGGGGCUCCAGCUCAAGUCCUGCCACCACGUCAUCGUCUGCAACCUGGUGUUCGAAGGAGGCCGGGGACACGACGUGGAUGGCAUCCAGAUCAAGCCCGACUCCACCAACAUCUGGAUCGACCGCUGCACCCUCGCCGACUACGACGACGGCCUCAUCGACAUCACGCGGCAGAGCACAGACAUCACGAUCUCAAGAUGCCACUUCAUGCGGCACGACAAGACGAUGCUGAUCGGCGCCGACCCAACGCACGUCGGCGACCGCUGCAUCAGGGUUACCAUCCACCACUGCUUCCUCGACGGCACGCGGCAGAGGCACCCGCGCCUCCGCUUCGGCAAGGUCCACCUCUACAACAACUACACGCGCAGCUGGGGCAUCUACGCAGUCUGCGCGGGCGUCGAGGCCCAGAUCGUGUCGCAGUGCAACAUCUACGAGGCAGGAGGAGGGCCUCCGAAGAAGACGACUGUGUUCAAGUACAUGCCGGAGAAGGCCGGCGACAGAGAGGAUGUGGUGGCAGGGCUGAUCAGCUCGGAAGGGGACGCCUUCCUCAACGGCGCGCUGCCCUGCCUGAUCGGUGGCCCUGGACCUGUCUUCAGGCCAGAGGAGUACUACCAGCAGUGGACCAUGGAGCCAGCGUCGCCGGCGCUCAAGGACAUAAUACAGCUCUGUGCGGGAUGGCAGCCGGUGCCCAGGCCCUCUGACGAUUUCUAA